AUGAGCAGUGUGAGGUCGCGUUGGUGUCUAGUAGGCAGUGUGUUCGCGGCGCUGGUGGUGGGCGCGCUGGUGGCGGUGCUGGUGCUGCAACCGUGGUCCAGCCCUGACCACCCGCGCUACCCACGGGCCGUCGUCGCUGCCAAUGGCAUUGAGUGCGCUGCUAUAGGCCGGAGCAUAUUGGAAAGAAAUGGUACAGCGGUGGAUGCUGCUAUUGCGACGUUAUUCUGUGAGGGCCUAGGUUGUUCGCAAUGUAUGGGUCUUGGCGGGGGCUUCUUGGCCACCGUCUACGACGCACCUACGGGGAGAGUCCGAGUGCUGAACGCCAGGGAGAGAGCUCCAGCGGCAACGUAUUCAGACAUGUUCGCGAACGCAUCUUCCCAAGUAGGUGGUCGCGCGAUCGCCGUGCCAGGGGAAUUGAAAGGCUACGGCGCGCUCUACCGAGAAUACGGCCGAUUGCCCUGGAAGGAGCUGGUCAAGCCGGCAGCAGACCUCGCCCGGAACGGACACCGCGUCAGCGAAUAUAUGGGACGCGUACUCAAGUCUUACAGCGAUCGGAUUCUCGCCGAACCGUCUUUCAGCGAAGUAUACAUGAACCCAGCAACCGGGGAGGUGUGGAAAGAGGGGGAUACAAUCCGCGAACCGACCCUCGCGCGAACCCUCGAUAUAAUCGCGGAGGAGGGCCCGGAGGCGAUACACAACGGUUCUCUCACCGCAGCUCUCGUGAGAGAUAUAGAGAAUUUCGGUGGCAUCAUUACAGAAGACGACUUCAGGAAUUACAGAACAGAAUGGCAGGAGCCAAUCGUCGUGCGCGUAUCACCAGAGCACACUCUGUACUCAGUGCCCCUGCCAGGCUCCGGGUCAGUACUGGCCUUCAUCUUGAAUAUGCUUCGAGAGUGGGUCGGUACGGGAUCAGACGCGCCAGUCGACAGUAACCUUUAUUGGCAUCGUAUUGUUGAGACCUUCAAGUUCGCCUACGCGCGCCGAACCGGCCUGGGAGAUCCUAGCCGCACCAAUCUACCGUUUAGCAUCGCUGAGUUGGAACGCAAUUUGUCUACGCCUGAGUGGGCAGUAGAGCACAGAGCUAAAGUGGACGACACUCGCACAUUUUCAGAUUGGAGAUACUAUGGUGCAAUGUUUGAAGGUGCCGACGACCACGGCACUGCGCAUAUUAUUGUUGUCGCACCAGAUGGUAGUGCCGUAUCUGCUACAAGUACUAUUAACUAUAUAUGGGGCUCACAGCGCCGUUCAAGAAGCACAGGAAUCAUAUUAAACAAUGAAAUGGAUGACUUCGCUAUUCCCAAUCGGGAAUCAGUAUACGGCAUGCCUCCCUCCCCUGCUAACAUUAUUAGCCCGGGUAAACAACCGCUCAGCUCUAUGGCACCGAGUAUUGUACUACGAAAUAAUGACACGGUGGACUUGAUACUUGGUGGCGCCGGUGGAACGAAGAUCACGACUCAAGUUGCAUUGCUAACAAUGCAUACGCUUCUCGAAGACAGUGAAUUGCCCGAGGUCAUGAAGAGGCCGCGUCUACAUCACCAACUCAUUCCCAUGGAAAUAGAGUAUGAAGAAAAGUUCGACCCAGCAGUGAUUUCUUCUUUACGUGCCCGCGGUCACGUGACCACCAGCCGUGGCCCAACGGCGGGUUUCGCGGCUAUGGUGGCGGCUAUGAGAGAUAGCGGCGACUAUUUUGUACCGCAGACUGAUAGCAGACGAAUAGGCAGUGUGGACGGAUUUUAG